AUGGUAAAGGCGCAAGUUCUUGCCGGAGGUCGCGGCAAGGGCAAAUUCACUAGCGACGGCAAUAGUGGAGUGCGCAUUGUAUCCUCGCCUACCCAAGCAUUUGAAAGCGCCUCCAAUAUGCUCGGCCAUAACCUGAUAACGAAUCAAACACCGCCCGAGGGCCUCGUCGUGAACAAGCUAUACAUCUACAAAGCCAUCGAUAUCGCUGAUGAGUUCUACGUGGCCAUCACCUUUGACCGAGACCGGUAUAUGCCUGUGCUCCUCAUAUCCGAUGACGGAGGAGUCAACAUCGAAUCGAACGCGAGUAGAUUACAGCGUUUUUGGUUCCCCUUGCCUCACGGAAUCGGCCCAGAGAUAACUGCCUACAUUCAAGCCCAGUUCGGCUUUUCAGACCCAGAAAUGGCGCCAAUCAACCACAUCUUACACCAGAUGGUGAAGCUAUUCCAGGCAAAAGACGCGACUCUCUUAGAACUGAAUCCGCUUGUGCGCACCCCUGACGAUGAGUUCUUCUGUCUCGAUGCCAAGUUUAAUUUCGACAAUUCUGCCAAGUUCCGACAGCAGAAGCUCUUUGCUAUGGAGGAGCGGUUACCGGAAGAGGAGGAUGAGUAUGAAGCCUCCCAGUUAGGUCUUUCUUAUGUCCGUCUUGACGGAAAUAUUGGGAAUAUUGUGAAUGGAGCUGGUCUUGCUAUGGCGACUAACGAUCUGGUUACUUUAUUUGGUGGAAAGUGUGCUAAUUUCUUGGAUGUUGGUGGUGGAGCAACCAAAGAGACACUGUCGAAGGCUUUCGAGAUUCUCAACAAGGAUACCCGGAUUAAGGGGGUCCUCAUCAACAUCUAUGGCGGAAUUGUUCGCUGCGAUAUGAUUGCCGAAUCUAUCAUCGCUGCCGCCGCCUCCAUGGGAGGCUUUAAGGUUCCAGUGGUGAUUGAAGAGUCUGGCUUGGAAAAUUUGAAUGUCGAACCCGACUUCGAGCUAGCUGCUGAAAGAAUCGUCAAUCUCACAGGUGAUUCGUCGUGA